AAAGAUGAAUUGGGCCAAUAAUGCUAGUCUGAGCUAGUCUCCUAUUCUACUUCAAUAUAAUGUAAACAGAUCAACUCAGAUUUGAAUUUCAAAUUUUCCGAUGGCCUGGCAGGCCGGCCUGGUGGCAGCUCUGAUGUAUAUCAGCGAUGUAAAAAAUAAAACAUGUUUUUACCAUAGAUGUAUAUUAGGAUAGAAGCAAUCAAAUGAUUUAAAACUUCCAUAAUUAACUAAUUUGAUUAAGGCCUGUAUCUAUUCAAUUUGAAAUCGAAAGUAUUAUGAUGUUUUAAUAUACAAUGCAAUGUAUAUCAUUAAAUUAACAAUGAAAUUUUUUCAUUUCAAACGAUUCUUAUAGAAUUUUUGUUUUUUUUUCUUAUGUUCGAAAAUUUGUUUGAUUAAAACGAUGUUGUGCUUUCAUUUAUUUAUUUAGAUAUCUGAACCAGAACAAACUCUUGAACUUUUAUCAACAAUUGAAAAGUUUAUUUUAACAUUUGUAACAUAUAUUGGUAUUUGUUUAUCUAUACUUGGUCUUCUUAUAACAUUAAUUACUUAUGUAAUUUUUCGUUAUUCACCAAAGAAUCGUUCUCAUAUAUCUUUAAUAAUGCUCUGUUUAUCAAUUUUAUUUGUUAAUUGUUUUUAUAUUCCGUUUAGUCUUACACAAUCAAAUUUAUCAAAAAUAAAACAACAUAUUUUGUGUACUAUAUUCGGUUUUUUAUUUCAUUAUUUUUUCAUAGCAUCAUUUAUGUGGAUGUUAAUUAUGGCUAUUGUUCAAUAUAUAAAUUUUGUUCGAGUAUUUAAUGCACAUAUAUCACAUUUUUUAAUUAAAUCGUGUACAAUUGGAUGGAUUAUACCAUUCAUAUUUCCAUGUUUUGUUAUUUUCACAGGUUCAAAUGGUGGUUAUACACUUGAAUAUAGAUGUUGGAUUAAUAGUCAAAUACUUUUAUAUUUUACUUUUCUUGUACCUAUUUCUAUUAUUGUUAUGUGUAAUUUAAUUAUAUUUGGAUUUAUUCUAAGAAGUAUAUUUCAUCAUAAUAUUACAGUUGUUAAAGAUAAAAGAAAAUAUUCAAAAUUUCAAAUAGGUGCAACUCUUUGUUGUUUUGUUUCAAUUGGAUGUACUUGGUUAUUUGGUAUUCUUGUAUUUAUUGAACCAAGUUUUAAUCAUCAAUUAAUUUUUUGUAUAUGCAAUUCAUUUCAAGGUUUUCUUAUAUUUCUUUUUCAUGUUUAUUUAUCAAAACCAAAACGAGCAUUAUGGCAAACAUUUUUUAUUGAACGUGGAUUUCUUCGACGUUCUCAUACAUCUCAAGAACAUAGAGAUCUUAUGACAAUUAGCUAUUUAACUAGUAGAAAUAAUAGUGGAAUAAUACCUCCUGUCAAAUUUCGUUUUAGUCCAACAUCAACAUCAUUAAGUAUUGAUCCACAAGCAUCAAUAAGUCAAAAUAAUUCUAAAAGAAAUGAAUUAUUAAAUGUAAAACAGUUACAAUUAAAUUGUUGA